AUGAAAUUAAGAUCAUUAACUCUUCCUAGAAUUAAUGGAAAAGAUGAAUGGCUUAUAAGAAAUUCUUUUACAAAAAUUGGAGUUUAAUUGUCAAAGAACUUAAUUCCGAAUUAAGAUAUAGUUGAGAAUUUAAAGAAGUAUUAGUAGUAACAUGAAUUUAAAGAAAAAGUUUCUAAAGAAGACCUCUAAGUUCAAAUCAAAGUAAAUGAAAAUCUUUAUUAUAAAUAUAUUAGCAGAUGA